AGGCAUUUUCCAUCCGUCCAAAAAGCUUCCUGGGUGGUUAUUUUAACUGUGGUGUGGUGCGGUGUGGUUAUUUUAACUGGUCAAUUUUGAGUUACAAGGCACACGAUAUGGAUACUGUCAGACUAACGUGAAGAAUCGCGAUUUUAUGCGUAACAAUUACAAAGCAAGAUUUAAAAAAAUGAUACUGGAGAAGAUAUAUCGCUAAUGAAAAUUAAAUUUGAACUGCUUUCCACCAGAUGGCGUCGUUGUUCCAUCCAUCCCGUUUCCAUAAUUCAAAGCAGGGUCGAGGGGGUCCAGUCUAUCCUGGAAACACGGGGAAAGACCAGAAAAGGGGGAUCCCAGAAACAGCACGGACCCGUCGGCGGAGCUGCUGUAUUAUUGCAUACAUCAUGAAGAAGACGAUCACUGCGGAGCAGAUAACGGAAUGGUUUACCGCCGGUACCAAGUUCGCCGGCAUCCGAAUCACUGACAGGCUUCAGGAUGAGCCCAAGGCGGUGGGAGUGAGCGCCGAGAGCGGGACAGCAGAUGGCACUGUGGAGCAGAGCAGCCCAAGGAGCAGUGUAGCAGAGGGCUGCAGCAGGGCUCAGAGUAGCACAGGAUCAUCAAGCACUCAAUCUCCAGGCUCUCCAAAGUCCCCUGGGAAAUAUGAGUACCGAUCGCUGCCAAUCACCAAGAACCGACAGGAGCUCAUCUCUCUGAUUGAGAAUAAUUCGGUGGUCAUCGUCCGGGGAGCCACGGGCAGUGGGAAAACCACGCAGCUGCCCCAGUUCAUCCUGGACUACUACAGAGAGAAAGGCGCCCCCUGCAACAUCGUGGUCACCCAGCCACGCAGGAUCGCCGCCAUCAGCAUCGCCCGCUGGGUCGCCCAUGAGUGCAGGUGUGCCCUUGGCGGUCUGGUGGGAUACCAGGUGAGCCUGACAAAGGUGGCCUCAGACCAGACAAGGCUCAUCUAUGUGACCACUGGAGUGCUGCUGCAGAAGCUGGUCUUUGCCAAAAGUCUUACUGAGUUUUCACAUAUCUUCAUAGAUGAGGUACAUGAACGCACUGAGGAGCUGGACUUCCUGCUGCUGGUGGUGAGGAAGCUGCUCCACUCCAACUCCCGCUAUGUCAAAGUUAUCCUCAUGUCGGCUACCAUCAACUGCCGGGAGCUUGCGGAAUACUUCGGCACGCCUGUCCGUAACCAUGUGAACCCAGCCUAUGUUUUUGAGGUGGAUGGAGCGCCGUACACCAUCGAGGAAUUCUUCCUGGAUGAUCUGCGCAGCAAGUUCAAUCAUAUGGUGGAGCACCACAACACUGAGGAGCCCUGCAUCACUAAAGAGAUGUACGAUAUGGCUGUCAGCCUCAUCCAAAGCUUUGAUGAGCUGGAGAACAAAGACCAGAGGAGCACUGAGGCGGAGAUCUGUGGCGACGUGGCCCUACCGAAUCGGGGCAGCGUGCUAGUCUUCCUGCCGGGCCUGGCUGAGAUCCAGUACAUGCAGGAAGCCCUGGCCAACCUGGUGCGAAAGAGGUUGCAGGUGUACCCACUCCACUCCACAAUCACCUUGGAGGAGCAGAACGCCUUGUUUCUGGUUCCAAUUCCGGGGUACAGGAAGGUCAUCCUGUCCACCAACAUCGCAGAGAGCUCCGUCACGGUGCCCGACGUGAAGUACGUGAUCGACUUCUGUCUGGCGCGACAACUCUUCUGGGAUAAGAGAACCCAUUACCAGAGCCUGUGCCUCACCUGGGCUUCCAAGACUAGCUGCAAUCAGAGAAGAGGUCGGGCAGGACGUGUCUCUAAAGGCUACUGUUACCGGCUGGUGACCAGGAAGUUCUGGAGAACUGCGAUCCCAGAAUACAUGACUCCUGAAAUGCAGCGGUCACCCUUGGCUACCACCAUGCUGAAAGUAAAACUGCUGGAUAUGGGCGACCCCCGAUCUCUUCUGUCCACUGCUCUGUCACCCCCUCACCUUAAUGACAUCGAGAGGACAGUGCUGCAGCUCAAAGAGUUGGGGGCACUCUCCCUGGAGCGGGAAGGAGAGGACCAGAGACGUUUCGACGGAGAUCUCACCUUCUUGGGCCGAGUGCUGGCACAGCUGCCUGUAAACUUGCACCUGGGCAAGUUGGUAGUACUGGGCCAUGCGUUUGGCUGCCUUGAGGAGUGUCUCAUCUUAGCGGCUUGUAUGUCCUUGAAGAGCUUCUUCGCGAUGCCAUCGCUGCAGCGGUUGACUGGCUAUCGGAACAAGCUGGCCUUUGCAAAUGGCAUCCCGAGCGAUUCCAUAGCAGUCGUCAAUGCAUUCAAGGUGUGGUACACCUCCCGGCAAGAGGGAGCGUUUCGGCAUGCUAAGGACGAGCUGGACUGGGGUAAGGAGAACUGCAUCCAGAUCAAGAGGAUCCGAGAGGUGGCUGAGCUGUUCGAGGACCUGAAGGCUCGCGUGUUCCACUUCAACAUGCGUGUGACUGAGAAGGCGCCCACCAAGGAUUACGAGAGCGUCAACAAGCAGACGUUCAUCCUGCAGAUCGCCAUCGCCGGGGCCUUUUACCCCAAUUAUUUCAACAUGGGGGAAAUAGACGAAGAACUGGCCUUCAAGGAGCUGUGUGGCCACAACCCGAAGACGACAGUGCAGGUCCGAAACGUGCCUUCCUUCGGGUUCCUGUACUAUAAGCAGCUGCAGUCGCUCUUUCGCCAGUGCGGCCCAGUGAAGUCCAUCACCUACGAUGGCUCCAGAGCAUACAUGGAGUUCUACAAGACCUCUGCCCGGGGGACCGGGGUUCUCCCCGAGGUGUCCCUGGCCCUCCUCAUGGCUCAGCAGCGCCUCCCAAAGGACCUGUUAGUGCAUCCCAGCAAUGCAGUGGCAGCUAAGGCUGGCAACAGGAUCCUGUCGCACGUUGCCCAUGCGCGGGUGACCGUGGACUUGGAGAACCACACCGUCGAGCCCACGAGCAGCGUGUUUGACCCAGAACAAUUCCCCCCCCAGCCCAUGUUCAUCGUCAACAUCACAGAGGUUGUGGAAGUCGGCCACUUCUGGGGAUUCCAGGCAGAUGAGGCCAGCAUAAGGAAGCAGGGCGUGCUGACGGCCGACAUCAACGGCAGGCAGCUUCAGCGCCUGUCCGGGUCCGUCUGCCCCAGCCUGCUGUGCCUGGCGCCCUAUGCCGAGGACCAGGAGGAGCCCCUGUACUUCAGGGCUAAAGUCCUGCACGUGAGCGGCAGCAGUGUGGAGGUCUUCUUUGUGGAUUACGGCAACACCAGCCAGAUGGACGCUAGCAGCCUGAGGGAGCUACCUGCGGACCUGUCGGCCCGUCCCUACCAGGCCCAGGAGUUCCAGUUAGUCGGCAUGCGUCCGUCUGCCCAGUCCCUCAUCCUGGGAAACGAGUGGAGCAGCGCGGCUAGGAACUGCUUCAUCACGCUGGUCAACAGACGCUCGCUCAUGGCCUCGCUCUUCUCCGUCGUGCACGGCGUGCUGCGCGUCCACCUGCACGUCAACACGGACGGCGCGAGCUUCAGCGUGGCCGACGACAUGAUAGAGAAGGGUCACGCUUACAAGGUCGAGGAGAGCUUUCAGUCCAAGCAGAGCCACGAGAUGCUGCAGUCUCUCUACAAGGACCUCCAGAAUGGCACCUUCAUGUUCAAUCCCUCCAGCACCUCCUGGGCAACGCACAAGAAGGAGCAGAAGGAACUGAUGGAGAGCCUGCUGGAGGCCUUCUCCAAGAGUAGCCAGGCCGCACCCAAAAGUCGGGCUCCAGUCCAUGGCCCAUCCAGUCCAUACAAGAUGAGCUUCCACUGCAUGAACAGUGUCAGACAGUACAGGUCUGUAGCUAUAGACAUGGACAGCAUUAACUCUGUGGCUGUCAACGAGAGCCUUGAGGACAAGCACCAGAGGAUCAUCGUGGCCGGGACGGUGUCUGUCAGUGCAUCCAGCUCUAACAUCCUACUGAAGGAGACCACCCUGAUGCCCAGGAUCCCCGGCUUGCCGGCCAUACUCUGCAUGCUGUUCAGCCCCAUCAUGGAGCUACGCGUGGAUCAGGAUAGCACCUGUUUUACUGGCACCCUCUGUGGACUGGGCUGGAACUCGCACACCCAGGAACCUGUGCUGGUAGAGCAUGACAUAGAGCUGGACUUUGAUGUCCGAUUUGACGUGGAGGACAUCACCGAGAUCAACGCUCUGCGAUUGGCCAUCAACAGUCUAGUCUGUGAGGGCCCAGCCGGAACCCUCCACCUGGGGCAGGACCGGAUAAGGGAGCUGCAGCAGGAUGUUCGGGAUCGGCUCAUCAGGUUAUUCACUAAGUUUCCCGCGAGAGAAGACAUUGUGCCUUGCUACUCUGAGAAGCCGAAAACAUGGAAUCAGAUUGACCCCAGUCAGAAGAUGGAGCCACUUCAGAAGACUGACCAGGAUAGCAGAGGUGCCCUCUUCCACCUGCACCCUAUCCCACUUCUCAAUGUGUGAAGUGGCCAUAAUCCCUGAUCUGUACCAGAAGAGUUGUUUUGGGUUGCCCGUUUGUUAUUGAAAAUCCACUCCCUGGUCCCAGGCCUAGAAAUUUCUUCUCCGUCAAUGUUUUGUUUUUAUUUCCUGGGUCAAUUCCCAUUUGUACCACCAGGGGGCAGUUAUGUUUGGUAGAACAUUAAAUCUUUCAAGCUGCA